AAUACCCAAAUGAGUUCUCUUGAUGUUCAUGAUGAGAAUAAUAAGGCUGCGGCGGUUGGUGCAGUAGAGACUGUGGAAGGUGGUGGGUUUGUGAAGGAUAUGAUGACAUACAUGGUUUUGGAUGAUUUGGUGAUCAAACCUAUGUCCACCAUUUCUUGCAUUUGUUUGAUAAACCAGUUCAAUGUCAAAGAUAUUGGAAAUCUUCAAGAAAAGGUGGUUGAUUUCGGUAUGGAUGAGGGUUUCAAGAUGUUCGAAGCUUUGCUGAAAGGGAAAAAGAAGUGUUCACAAGUGUUUUUAUUUAAAUGUGUUUCUUCUAUUUCAAUUAUCUUAUGCUUUUGCAAGUCUUUGUGUUCCUUUUGUUAA